AUGCCGACAAGCGUUCGUUAUAGUUCCGUUCAACCACCUCAGCAACCAACACCAACAACUCAUUACAAUUAUCCGAUUCAAGUGCAUCAACCACAACAACUUCAUCUCCAUCAGCAACAACAACCACCACCACCACAGCAACAGCAACAGCAGCAACAACAACAACAACAACAACAGCAACAACCAUUAACAAUACAUCGUCAUCAUCACCAUCAUCAUGUUGCGCAUCGUAUAUCACCAACAUUUCAAAAUCAUAGUUUAUCAUCAUACUCCAAUCAUCGAUUGAAUUCAAAUAAUAAUAAUAUACAUGCUCAACCAACAUCAACAUCAACACCAUCAUUAUCAUCAAAUCAAUCGUCAGCUUAUUUUCUCGAUCGAAUUGAUUUAGAAAAUUAUACGACACAUACAUUAAAACAAACUGUUGAGAAUAUUUUAUCGAAAACAAAAUCAAAAGGUCUAAAAGUAAAACUAUCUUUGCCGGAUGAUGGUCUCAUCAUCGACAAUAUCACUGAUCCAUCUCAAUCAUGGCUAUUUAAAACACCUGAAUUACUCUACUUUUGGCGUGACCCCUAUUAUAUGAAUAUUAUUGUUGUCGUAACGAUCAAUCGAUCACGACAUCAUGUUAAUCAACCGUACUCAGCGUCGGUAUUUCGUUUACGCGGUACCGAUUCAGCCCAAGCAUUUCUCCAACAAGCCCAACGAUUCUUUGUCAACCUCUCGGGAUCCGUAAGUGCUUCCAGUGUUGCUAAACCCGUUCGAUACAAAUCAGUUGAUAAAUUAACACGAAAUGAAAGUCAUAGUAUUGAUCAUAAUACGUUGACAAAUCACAAAACGAAAACGAAAUCUCUUUCAAUUAUCAAUGAACAGAAUACGUUGACUCAAAAAACAUCCUCAUCAUCAAAUCGUCAUCAAUCAUCUCCACCGCCUGUUUCAUCAUCUGCAACUAUUCGCCGUGUAACACGUGCAGAAUUCGAUCCAGGUAAAUCAUCGACGAACGAUUCUAAAGGUGGCCAAACAAAUCAUCGAACCUAUAGUGAUACAGCAUCAUCAAUCGAUUCACAAACGACCAAUUCAACCAAAGAAAUCUUAUCGUAUACAAAGAAACCGUCACGCAAUGGUGACGAUGAAGAUGAUGAUAAAAUGACUACGAUUAGCAAUAAUUUAUCAGGUGAUCAAAUAGCAGAAUUAAUGCGUGAAUUAAAAGAAUUACGUAAUGAAAUCGCUUCAUUAAAACUAGAAAAGAGAAUUUCACACGAUACACGUUCGAUGAGUACUAGCCCAUUAGCUGGUAAAGUCGACAAGCCCAAAACGGUAUUAGAUACAACGACGACAACAUCAUCAUCGUCGUUUCCCGACAUAACCUCCCAGUCUGAAGUUGAUGCGGAAACGCAAACCGACUUUAGCUUAAUUAACCAUCGACGGCGACAAUUACUGAAAAAGAAUAAGAAGACCAUGAUUGGCUCGGGCGUCGUUUCGUCUCUAAGCAAGAAAACAGCUCAGCAAGCAACUGUACGAAAUGGUCGAAGAACAUUUUCGAAUAGUUCAACAAAUACAGUUUCGGAUCAAGAAGAAGCAGCAUCGGAUGUUUCUCCCCAAGUGAAUGAUGUGUCAAUUGAUACUCCAACUGUUUCACUUAGCCAUCAGCCAUAUCAACCAGUCAUUUUAUCAGCACCACCUCGUCCUGUUUUAGUAAGAAAUCAAAUACCGAAUUCGAAUUCGACGGAAGAAGGUCUCUCAUCACAUGGCUUACCUGUGACUCUCGAGAAAGAAAUUGAUCAAUUUCUUUCUACCAAUAUUCCUACUUCGAACACCGACCUUCUUGGACCCCAAUUACCCAUGAUCAAAGUAGGAGGUAGUAGUUUUCGUGCACCCGCCGAAAACAGUAAACCUCCUACGGAUCAUAUUUACGAAAAUGUACCUAUUUUAAUCCAACCAAAAGUGAAACGAGAAUCAUUUUACAACAUCCCGAUUAUCAAUGUUGAAGAUCAACAGCAAGCGCAGCAGCAACAACAAGCGCUUGCACAGCCUCAAGUGCAACAACAACAACAACAAGGACCAACACAAGCACAACCACAGCAGCAACAAAAUCAAUCCGAAAGUUAUGUCUAUUAUACACUCACAAACAACACUGAAAAAGAAACUCCACAACAGUAUAUUAUGCCUGGCCAAAUGCUUGCUAAUUCACCUCCCACGAACGAUACGAAUGGUACCGACGCUCAAAUGCAAUCUAUACAAUAUCAACCACAGAAGCCGCAAAUUAUUUCUGUCGGGCGCCAUCGUAAUCAGCCGAUUUAUUUCGCCAAUCAUCUGACAAAUCCUAUAUUCAAUGUUGAUAAACAAUUGUUAACCAAUACAAUUGCUAAUCAAUUCGGUGUUGACCUUAAUUCUCCACAAUUACAGCAAUUAAUUUCAAAUCAACAUAUAUUCGCUACACGCAAACGUACAUUUGCCAAUAUGGUUUGGCAAUUAACACCUGAUGAAGAAACUGCUCUAUGUUCGUCACCUGUUACUACUCAAACUGAUACCAUUGAUGUAAAUAUAACAGAAACGACUAGUAUAAGUUCUCGAUCGAUAUUGAAAGCAACGAAGCGUUUUCGUCCAACAGCUAAACGACGAAGUAUUAGUUGGGAUACUACCUUGGAAUAG